UUGCAGGCAUUUAGUUCUACACAAAAUCUGCGUUCGGUGAACCUCACCAUUUUCAGUGAUGAAGAGUGCGUGGACAGUUACCAUGAUAUCGAAGAAGGUGGAGUUAAUCCUGAGACUGAACUAUGUGCUGGAGUUCCAGAAGGUGGAAAGGGGCCGUGCCAUGGCGAUUCAGGAGGGCCUCUUGUUAUUGACGGUGUUCAAUAUGGAAUUGUGUCAUAUUCCAAAGGAUGUGCUGUAGAAGGGUAUCCCGGAGUAUUUACCAAGGUUUCAGGAUACCUCGACUGGAUCGAAAAACAUAGAUGAAGAGAAUGAAAUAGCAGAGAUAUAUUCUAGACUUGCACAUAUGAUUAUAAUGGUUCUAUACGAUUGUUAAAUUCAAAAUAAAUAAAAAAAUAUUUCGAAUGGGAAAAUAAUGGAA